GUCCGUUUUGCCCAUUUCCUUUUAAUUCUCCUAUAGCGAGGAGCACCGCACCCUUCCUCAUCCUUUCUUUAAAAGAUUCCUCCACCCUCCUUUUCCAACACAAGAUCUUCCUUGAUCACUACACAGUCAUUACCAAGUCCCUUUUGCACAAAAGAGUUCCUUUCUCUAUUUCCAACUCUACAGUCAUUCUUUACCUUGAAAGCAUACACCUUUUUGCGGAAUCGACUUUCGCUCUUUUACACAAACGAUUCAUCACGACCACUUACAUACAAGUUUAACAAACAAGAAACAUUUUGGGUACAUAGCCAUUCUUCUUUGGAUUUUUCAGACACUGUUAGGAUAGCAUUGAUUGCUUGGGAAUAUAUCGCAACAGGAAGGAACAUAUCAUUUACGAAGAAUCUAGAAUUUUAAAUUUAUCCUUCGAUAUCAACCACCAUGCAUUUCACAGCUGCUUCCUUGGCUGUUUUGGCCGGAGUUGCUGCCGCUUCUCAACCAGGUCACUACCACCCAAAGCGUAUUAACAACGGUACCAUCUCUGCCACCGCUACUGAUGCCGGCCAAACCACUUUGACCGUUUUCGCUACCACCGUCCGAACCAUCACCUCAUGCGCUGCUUCCAUCACCAACUGCCCAGCUCGUGCCACCUCCGCCGUAGAGGGAGCUUCCACUACCCCAGAAGUUAUCGUCGUCACCGAUACCGUUACCUUGGCCACCACUGUUUGCCCAGUCACCGAGGCCGAAUCUGCUAGCGCCGUCAUCACUAGCAAGCACUUGACAUCUGCUCUUGCAUCUCUCUCAUCUGCCAUUGCCAGCGCUGCAAGUGAAAGCUCUUUCUACGGUGCUACCACCACCGUUGCUAUCCCAGCUGCUUCCAGCGGAGUUGUUGGUGCUACUACCCCAAUUGCUUCAAGUGCUGUCGCAACUUCAUCCGCUCUUGGUCUUGAGUCUAGCCCAGCUGCCUCCGGUGUUAUUGCACCAUCCGGAGCUGCUCCAUCUGGAGCUGCUCCAUCUGGAGCUGCCCCAUCUGGAAGCGCCUCUGCCCCAGCUGGAUACGCUUCUUCCCCAGCUUCCUCCCUCGCUGUUUCCUCCCUCCCAGCCGCCGCCGUCUCCAGCGCUCUCGGUGUUGAGUCUAGCCCAGCUUCUUCCGGUGUUGCCGCACCAACUGGAUCUUCCCCAUCCUCCGUUGUCGUUCCUCUCGGAACUGGUGUCGUUUCCGCCGUCCAAACCGUCACAACCAACGCUAGCCACACCUUGACCUACACUCUCGGCUCUGGUUCUUCCACCACCGUUGUCACCACCACCAUCAUUGAGACCUCCGCCUCCACCAUCUACGCCACUGUUACCCCAACUGAAACCGUUGCUGCUUCCUCCAGUGCCGCCGGUUCUGCUGGAUCCCCAGCUGGAUCCGCCGCUGCUUCUUCUGAGGCUGGUGUCGUUUCUGCUGGUGAAUCUACCACUUCCCAAACCACCACUAUCUACGGUACCUCCACCUCCACCCACUACGUCACUGUUUCAGCUGUUUCCUCUGGAUCUGCUGCUACUGCUACUGGUCUCGCUGGUGUUACCGCUAUUGCCUCAGGUGCUGGAUCUGCUUCCCCAUCCGCUAGCGCUGGUGCUUCCUCUGGAGAGACCACUGGUGAGGGAUCUGGAUCUUCCGGUUCCGGAUCAUCUGGAGCCGAGACCUGUGCUUGUGCUGAGGCCGCUACCGUCACUGUCACUGCUACCGCUGCCGCUCAAACCGUCACCGUUGCUGCUCAGACCGUCACUGUCACCGCUGCUGCUGCUGGAUCUGAUGCUACUGGUGCUCUCUCCGGUAUCCAAACCGCUGUUGUCUCUACCGACGCUGCCGCUGCUAGCACUGAUGCUUCCGUCGUUGUUAGCACUGCUACCGUUGUCCCAAUCGCAGCUACCACCGCGGCUGUUACUUCCAUCCCAUUCUACGGUAACGGAACUGUUGUUACUUCCACCAAGAAGUCCAGGUGCUCAUCUUCUGGUUUUUUGACCAGCAAGGCUAAGCCAACUGGUGCCAAGCCAACUGGUUACUAAAUUCUUUCUCCAAAAGGAAUGAAUUUUGUAUAUCCUUGAACUCGAUGUGAUCAACUGCUUCUUGACAGCGAAGUAAGUGAUUAUGUAUGAGCAAAGAUGUUGAGGUGGAGGUUUCCUUUGUUAAUUGUACAUUGUUUUUUAUUGCCAAAUAUUUAUGAAGAGGGUUGGAAAUGGAGCAGGAUCAGACAGUUUAGAAGAUUGGGGAUUGAUGUAAGGGAUUGAUAUCAAUGAAGACAAACAAAAACCAUAUACUUUCUUGUGCAUUAUCAUUUUUAGAGUUUUAUGUAUGCGUUUUUUGUGUUUUUGUCGAACCAUUUGCUUGCUUGCUUGUUUUUGGUCAUCAGGUUAUGACUAACACUUCUAUGGAGUUCUUGCAUUAUGAUGGCUCGAGGGAAUUGGAGGAUAGUUUUUUGCAUAAGCGGCUCAAUUUACAGAUUCAUGAACGUAUUUCUUAUAUGCUAUUGUGCAAUUUUCUAUUCUUCUCUUCUUUUGAUGUGCUGUGCGGAACGAUCUAGACAAUUGAGAUGGUACAAUGUUAAGUACGCAAGAUUGCUUGUCAGCACAGCGUUAUAUUCUUGUAAAUAGCUUAAAAUCAAUUGACGAUGCAACCCA